AUGCCGACACGACCUAAUUUAAAGGAACGGCUUCAAGCCCGUCCGGAACGACGGGUGCCAGGUCGAGAGCUAAACGUCGGAUGGCGCGUGGAACCCGAAGCUGGUGCCGAGCACCACUCGGGCGAGGAGGAAAAGGAGCAGCCUCCUAACCCGCUGCCACACCUGGACUCGUUCCGAACAUACAUGCACCCAGACGAGGUGCGGAAGCGCCAGCGCGAUGCGUUACCACCAAUCACAAACGCAAAACCAGUCAAACGACUAAAACCAAUUAGCCCUGUACCAAGCGUGGUCCAAGAUGAAACAGAUGCUAAGUCAAGGGAGAAACUGGAGCAAUUAACGAAAGUACCAGUUUCUGAUCAUUCACGAUACGGCUUGAUCCAGCAAAUUAUUUCUGCAGAUAUAUCGGACCCUUUAAUGCUUGCGGACAUAAUAACUCGCAGACCAGAACUUGGAUUUCUAUAUAUCGUUCCGAGAGCUGAUCGCAAUAGCGUGAAUUAUUCGAUGUGGUCAAUCAAGGUAGUGGAAAGUGUUAUUGGAGAACAAGAGCAUACUACUAUAGGUCCCGAAAUGGUGACCAGACGGGUAAACGGCGAAACAGAAAUCACCGAGCUCUCAAGGUGGAGAGCCGAGUAUGCAUCUUAUUGUAAGCUGAUGACGAUUCCACUAUUCAAAAACUUCCGCAGAGGAAAAGCGUUUAAAACAUGGAGGAAAAACGUGCGCCAGGACAAGUUCCAGAAAUCGAAAAAGCAACUGGAGCAAAAUCUCUUCAUAAUUAAUGAAUCACUCCGUCCAGCGCUUGGAAAUGUUCGAGAAAUGUGCUACAGGAUAUCCGAUAUGUCUCUCUGUCGCAUCGACCGGGAUAAAACUUAUCAAAUCGAAGAAUACCUCCAGAAACAGAUCGACUACCUCCAGAACGUCGAGAAGGAGCUCGACAAGUUCCGCGGCCUCAUCUGCGAGAUCGUGCGCACCGCCUGUCGCAAAGCUCUCCUGGAUGCUGGUUUCUUGCCGGACGACAUUUACUACGACGUGCCAGAAGAAAUGCCCGAGAACGCCCAUCGCCAGAUCAUUCACAACGGCGAGUCACACGAUGUCGAAGGCGAUGAGCCCGAGAAGAUGACUUACACGCAGCAAGCGAACAAGCGUCAACACUGUCAAAGACUUACGUCCUUCAUCAGACUUUGCGACUAUCUCAUCACUACUACGAUGCAUGCACUUGCGAUGAACUCGGUCACAAAGCUUCUUGAAAGAUUCGAUAAAAUGAUUCAAGUUACUCCUACAACAUUCGACCACUGGACUUACAAGGCACCCGACGAAGAAAUUGUGCCUUUAUUCGUCACUUCUCUUUACCUCGAAGGCGGCAAAUUCACUUACAAGCCUUCGCUGGACGAAUUUAAUGAGACAGUAAAAUCAGUUAUCCAGGGAUUCGAAAACACCGUCCUGUCCGUCGCAAAUCUUGUCCCGGAUCCCUACUUCGACGCGUUUACCCGUCCAAUGAUUAACAAGAACUUCGAAGAGAAAACAUGUGGCGAAGGACCCUCUCUUCAGGCAAUUUUCAAAGAUGAUCUCCACCUUUUGCCUCUCGUUGUUUCUAUCCGAGAGUGUCUCGAAGGCGCUUUCAGAUCUGCAUUCAAGUACAGUGACACUCUCGAUAAACUGGUCGUCUUCUACCUUGAGAACGAAGGAUUGCAAGAAGAUGAAUUCAUGGAGCUUGAUCCAUCUGUGGAAUUCUUCAACGGCGCCCUGAAAAAAUACUCUUCAGAACAUGCUGACGCUCUAUCCGUCCCUGAUGCUCGCCCAAUCGGCUUCUUAAAUCUCGAUUGCAAGGGAUUCAAGAACACGCUUAUCCCCAAUCCACUCAGAUGCCUCCAAGCUGUUCACGACCUUAUGCCCAAGCUGGCUCGAAAAAAGAUGGACGCAAUCAUGGACGAGACUGGCCAAGCUACAUUCAAGCUGGAAUCAGAACUUGCUAGCACAGUGGACUACGUCAAGCUCCUCACAUUCCUGGAUGAAAUUCAGCAGCGAAUCGAACCGAUUGAAGAACAGACCAACAUCGUUACAGGAAUGUACGAACUUAUGGAGAACUUCCAAGUUCCUAUUCCGCCAGAAGAUCUUGCUCAAUUCCAGACACUUCUCAAACAAGCCGUCAUGGACUGCAGGACAGCGAUCGACAAGUGUGUUUCUGACCGAGACAAAUUUGUGGACAACCUCGCUGGCUUGAUUGAAAAGGACAUCGAAGAAAUGAACAAGGAGCUGAAAGACACGAAGCUUGAAAUCCAAGAUCCUCAGAUUCUCGAUGCCGAAGCAGAGCGAAAAGUCAUACUCGAAAAAGUCCAACGACUUGUUGAGAGCAUCAAUGGCAUGCAAGACCGAGCUCAUGAGUACCGAACGUAUCAGAAAAAAUUCAGCAUUGAAGUCACCAAGUAUGAAGAACUCGAAGAAGUCCACGCUGAGCUUCGACUCAAGGAGCUGCUCUGGAACUCGAUGGAAGAGUGGGAUAACCUCCUUGUUGAAUGGUACGAUCUUGAAUUCAACACCAUUGAUCCGGAUGAGAUGGGAACCGUCGUUCAAAAAUACGCAAAAUAUGCCCAUCAGUUGGAUAAGGGUCUCCCACCAAACGAUGUGGUAAAAAUUCUGAAAAAGAAAGUCGAGAAACAGAAAGAUCGAAUGUCGGUCAUCACAAAUUUGCGAAACGAUGCUUUCAAACCCCGUCAUUGGCAGAUGAUCGAAGAAAUUCUUGGACAAGAACUUCCCGCAGAAGAUUCAGAACAAAAACUCACUCUGAAGCUUUUGGACGAAUGGGAAGCAUUCGAACACACAGAAGAGAUCGAAGAAGUUUCUGGACAAGCAUCUGGUGAAGCAGCACUUGUUCUUAUGCUGAAGAAAGUCGAAGACAUUUGGAAAACGGCUGAAUACGUUGUUCUCCCUCAUCGAGAUUCAAAAGAUGUAUUUAUUCUUGGUGGAACUGACGAAAUUCAAGUGCAGCUUGAUGACAGUCGAGUUGCAGUAGCAACUAUUGCUUCAUCCAGAUACGUCGGCCCGAUUCGAGAAAAGGUCGAAGAGUGGCAAAAGAACUUGAACCUGAUGAAUGAAACGCUUGAAGAGUGGCUCACGUGUCAAAGAAACUGGCUUUACCUUGAGUCGAUUUUCUCCGCGCCCGACAUUCAGCGACAACUGCCUGCUGAAGCAAAAAUGUUCUUGGCUGUCGACAAAUCAUGGAAAGACAUUAUGCGAAAAGUCAACAGACUUCCUGUCGCCCUUCGUUCAUCCACUACGCCCGGUCUUCUUGAAGCUUUCAAGAACAAUAACAACCUCCUCGAUCAAAUUCAAAAAUGCUUGGAGCAAUAUCUCGAGUCCAAGCGAGCGGUGUUCCCUCGAUUCUAUUUCUUGUCCAACGAUGAGCUUCUUGAAAUCCUUGCUCAGACAAGGAAUCCUCUCGCUGUACAACCUCAUCUCCGAAAAUGCUUCGACGCAAUCGCUUCGCUCGAGUUUGGCCAAGCUAAAGACAAGGCAACUGGCGAAAUGGUCGCGACGACUGAUAUUCUUGCGAUGAAAUCUCCCGAGAAAGAAGUGGUCAGUCUCGGAAAAGGUCUCAAGGCCCGAGGUAACGUCGAAGAGUGGUUAGGAAAGGUCGAAGAAGCAAUGAUUGCUAACUUGCGAAAACUCACCAAAGCUGCGAUCGCUGAUUUCUUGCAAAAAGACCGCCCCGAGUGGACAGUCGCCGGACAUGCUUCUCAAGUCGUCCUUACUGUAUCUCAAAUCUACUGGGUAAAAGAACUGACUGAAUGUCUUGAAAAAGACGGAGACAGACUCGCAGCUCUAGAUGAAUUCCUCAAGGAAAAUUUCCGUCGGCUGAAUCAGCUCGCCGCGAUUGUCCGCCGAGAACUUCCUCCAAUUCAUCGAGCUAUUCUUGGAGCCCUCAUCACCAUCGACGUCCACGCUCGAGAUAUUAUUGCAGAGCUCUGCGCACAAAAGAUCGAUCGCAGUGAUAGUUUCGAAUUUUUGAAACAAAUGCGAUAUUACUGGGAGACAGAUAUUGAUAACUGCGUCGUCCGUAUGAGUACCUCUCGAUACGUUUACGCCUACGAAUACCUCGGCGCUUGUCCUCGACUUGUCAUCACCCCACUCACUGAUCGCUGCUACUUGUGUCUUAUGGGCGCUUUGCAGCUUGAUCUUGGUGGCGCCCCAGCUGGUCCCGCUGGUACUGGAAAAACAGAAACAACCAAGGAUUUGGCGAAGGGUCUCGCAACACAAUGUGUCGUCUUCAACUGCUCAGAAGAUCUCGAUUACAAAAUCAUGGGUAAAUUCUUCUCUGGUCUAGCUCAGUCCGGUGCAUGGGCUUGUUUCGAUGAGUUUAACCGUAUUGGUAUUGAAGUCUUGUCUGUCAUUGCUCAACAAAUCUUGACGAUCAGAAACGCCAAGGCCCAGAACUUAACUCGCUUCCUCUUCGAAGGUCGAGAGAUUAAACUUGAGAAGAAUUGCGCUGCGUUUAUUACGAUGAACCCCGGUUACGCUGGACGAACGGAACUUCCUGACAACUUGAAGGCGCUUUUCCGACCAAUUUCCAUGAUGGUUCCCGACUACGGUCUCAUCGCUGAGGUCAUCUUGUACUCUGAAGGUUUCGAAAACUCCAAGCCUCUGGCCAAGAAGAUGACCCAAAUGUACAAACUCUGUUCCGAACAGCUUUCGCAGCAAGACCAUUAUGAUUUCGGUAUGCGUGCCGUCAAAUCUGUCCUCGUCAUGGCCGGUUCUCUCAAGCGAGAAAAUCCCGAAAUCGUUGAAGACGUCACCCUUAUCCGAGCGCUGCGAGAUUCUAACUUGCCAAAGUUCUUGACGCAAGAUGCGAUCCUCUUCAAAGCAAUUCUAUCUGAUCUGUUCCCUGGCGUUGAAAUUCCAGAGCACGAUUAUGGCAUCUUCUUGAAGACUAUUGAAGAAUGCACUGCUGCAAAAGACUUGCAGGUCAUCCCUGCCCAAUCCUCGAAAGUCAUCCAGCUAUACGAAACUAUGGUUGUACGACACGGUGUCAUGUUGGUCGGACCAACUGGCGGAGGAAAAACUACAGUCUAUCGAAUCCUUGCUGAUACCCUCGAAACUCUGAAAAAGAAAGGCCAGAAGAAUCCUCAGUAUCAACCAGUUACCCUGAUGGUUAUGAAUCCAAAGUCAAUCACAAUGGGUGAGCUGUACGGUGAAGAAGAUCCACUCACGAUGGAAUGGAAAGACGGUCUCAUGGCGAAGUGUGUGCGACAAGCAUCCUCAACUUAUAAUGACGAUCAUAAGUGGAUCAUCUGCGACGGUCCGGUCGACGCCCUCUGGAUUGAAAACAUGAACACUGUCUUGGAUGAUAACAAGAUGUUGUGUCUUGCCAACUCUGAACGUAUCAAACUUUCCGCCGAAAUCCACAUGGUUUUCGAAGUGCAAGAUCUUGCUGUCGCCUCACCUGCCACUGUAUCUCGCUGUGGUAUGGUCUACAUUGACUCUAACGAUCUCGGAUGGAGGCCGUACAUGCGAACGUGGCUUGAAGGACUUGACAACGAGUUGGUAACGCCUCUUAUGAAAGAUUUCCUGUCUGAUUUGUUCGAUGCUUAUGUCGAGGAUGGCCUCCGAUUUGUUAGCAAAAACUGCAAACAGAUGAUGCUCCAAGUCAACCAAGCUAAAGUGGCGACCCUCUGCUCUUUGAUUGAAUCUGUCGUAAAGGAUCCCAAAGCUCCUAAGCUGGCAGCUGAUCCAGCAAAUGCGACAAAGACUCUUGGCGGAAUCUUCGCUUUUGCGUACGUUUGGGCCGUCGCUGGAAACCUCAACGAAUCUGGUUGGGAAUCGUUUGACACUUUUAUCCGCGAACAAAUGGAAGAAAACAAUGACAUCAGACUUCCUCAAUCUGGCGAUGUUUUCUCAUUCUAUAUGGAGCCAUCUAUGGGCCGAUUCGAAGGAUGGGAAAAGAUCCUCCCUGUUUUCAAAUACGAUCCAAGCGCUGCGUUUUUCGAUAUUCUCGUGCCAACCGUAGAUACCGUUCGAUUUGGGUUCAUCAUGGAAAAACUCCUAACGAUGAAUCAUUCUGUCCUCUUUACCGGCUUGACUGGUGUCGGUAAAUCCGUCGUCGCCAGAGCUCAACUAGAGAGCCUCAUCGAAAAAGAUUUCAACCCAGUCUUCAUUGGCUUCUCUGCUCAAACAUCAUCCGCUCGAACGCAAGAAAUGAUCGAAGGCAAGCUUGAAAAGAAGCGUAAAAACCUCCUCGGCGCUCCGAUCGGAAAGAAGAUUGUCGUUUUCGUUGACGAUCUUAACAUGCCCAAGUUGGACACUUACGGCUCUCAACCACCAAUUGAACUUCUUCGGCAGUACCAAGAUUUCGGUGGCCUCUACGAUCGCGAAAAAAUGUUCUGGAAAGACAUUGAAAAUGUCAUUCUCUGCUCUGCAUGUGCUCCUCCUGGUGGUGGACGAAAUCCAGUUUCGCCGAGAAUGAUCCGUCAUUUUGCUAUGUUCUCCAUCCCAUCUCCAUCUGAUACAGCUCUUAAGACCAUCUUCUCGUCUAUUCUUGGCGGUUUCCUUCAAGAUUUUGCGCCAAAUGUCAGAGGAAUGUCAACCGGCGCUGUCCAAGCUGCUAUCGACAUCUACGCAAAAAUCAAGGAAGAUUUACUUCCAACUCCAUCUAAGUCACACUACGUUUUCAACUUACGAGAUUUGUCCAAGGUCAUUCAGGGUAUGCUUCGAGCUGACCCAGCUGUUGUCCGAGAUGAAGCCGGUAUCUUCCGACUUUUCUGCCACGAAACCAGCCGAGUCUUCCAUGAUCGUCUCAUCGACCACGAAGAUAAGGACUACUUCAACUCGAUGUUGCUUGAUGUUGCUGGAAAACAUUUCCGACAAGAAGUGGACCUUGAAAAAUACCUCGAAAAACCGUACAUCUUUGGCGAUUUCAUGAAGCCUGGUAUUGAAAAAGCCGAUCGAGUUUACGACGAUCUGACUGACUUCGGCGAAAAAGUAAAGACCGUGAUGGAAGACUACCUCGACGAUUACAAUCUCAAUUCGUCUAAAGAAAUGAAGCUCGUCUUCUUCACUGACGCCAUUCAUCACGUUACACGAAUUGUACGAAUGAUUACAACUGAACGAGGAAAUGCCUUGCUCGUCGGUGUUGGUGGUACUGGUAAACAAUCACUAACCCGUCUUGCUGCUCACAUGUGCGGCUACAAUUGCUUCCAGAUUGAGUUGACUCGAGGCUACGGAAUCGAAGCCUUUCACGAAGACUUGCGAAAGUUAUACAAACUUGCUGUUCAAAACGAUACUGUAUUCCUUUUUACAGACACACAAAUUGUUGUCGAAGAAUUCCUGGAAGACAUCAACAAUAUCCUCAACUCCGGUGAAGUUCCCAACCUCUUUGAGAAGGAUGAGCUUGAGCAGAUCAUGGGUCUUGCACGUCCCUUAGCCAAGGAAGCUGGACUGAAUGAAGGUAACCGAGAUGUUGUUUGGCAAUUUUUGAUCAACAGAGUCCGAGAAAAGCUUCACGUCGUUCUUUGUAUGUCACCAGUUGGCUCUGCUUUCCGAAAUAGAUGUCGAAUGUUCCCUUCGUUAGUCAACUGCUGUACGAUCGAUUGGUUCGUCCAGUGGCCUCGAGAUGCACUCUUGUCAGUGUCGCGCACUUUCUUCUCAACUGUGGAAGAUGAGAUACCCGAAGAACUCAAAGAGCCCCUUUCAUUGAUGUGCGUGGAAAUUCACACUUCGGUCACCGAAACCGCAGAAGACUUCUUCAACGCUUUGCGCAGAAGGUACUACACCACGCCGACUUCUUAUCUUGAACUUAUCAACGUCUACCUUUCGAUGCUGUCAGACAAAAGAAAGAAGCUCGUCCUUGCUCGAGAUCGAUACAAAACGGGUCUCGAGAAGAUUCAAUCAACCAACAAGAUUAUCGACGAUAUGAAAGCACAUUUGACAGAAUUGGAACCAGUCUUAAAGGAGAAAUCAGCGGCGACUGAAGCGCUGAUGAUUGACUUGGACCGAGAUAAAGUCGCGGCUCGUCAAGUUGAAGAGGUCGUUUCUGCUGAAGAAGCAGCCGCAAUGAUUAAAAAGACGGAGACUCAAGCGAUCGCAGACGACGCCCAACGAGAUCUUGAUGAAGCUCUGCCAGCUCUUGAAGCUGCUAACGAUGCGCUUAACUCUCUUGAUAAAUCUGACAUCUCCGAGUUGCGAGUUUUCACUACUCCACCAGAAAUGGUCCAGACCGUCAUGGAGGCUGUGUGUAUUCUGAUGGGUGCUAAGACAGAUUGGAAGAGCGCAAAGAACGUUCUUGGUGACUCUCAAUUCUUGAACAAGCUCAUGACUUACGACAAGGACAACAUCCCAAUGUCGUUAACAAAGAAGCUCAAGAAAUACAUCGAGAACCCAGAGUUUGUUCCCGAGAAAGUCGCGAAAGUUUCCAAAGCCUGCACUUCUAUGUGCAUGUGGGUUCGAGCGAUGGAUGUCUACUCACGUGUGAUCCGAGAAGUCGAGCCAAAGCGACAAAAACUCGCUAACGCUCAGGCCGAACUCAAAAUCGUCAUGGAAGGUUUGGCGCAGAAACAGGCUCAGCUCCAAGAAGUCAAAGAUAAAAUCGCCGGUCUUGAGGCAUCUUUCGAAGCCUCUGUUAACGAGAAAAACUCGUUGAUGGAACAAAUGGCACUCACAGAAGCGCGAUUGAAGCGUGCGGCCAAAUUAACAACCGCCUUGGCCGAUGAACAAGUUCGAUGGGGUGAGAAUGUGAUCAUGUACGAUGAGCUUAUCGGCAACGUUGUGGGAGAUGUCUUUAUCGCCGCGGCGUGUGUUUCUUACUACGGUGCCUUCACCUCCGAAUAUCGAGUACGUCUUAUCGACACCUGGAAAGAUAAGUGCAUCGAACUUGGAAUUCCCACUUCUAAAACACUCUCACUUGCUUCCAUCCUUGGUGACCCUUAUGAAAUUAGACAAUGGAAUACGGAAGGCUUGCCACGAGACGAUGUCUCAACAGAAAAUGCUCUUUUGGUUACUCGAGCUCGUCGAUGGCCAUUGAUGAUCGAUCCUCAGGAUCAAGCCAACAGAUGGAUCCGAUCAAAGGAGCAAAAGAACGGCUUGAAGGUCAUCAAACUUUCUGAUUCUACCUUCUUGCGAACUCUUGAAAAUGCUAUUCGAAUUGGUCAACCAGUCCUGCUUGAAGAAAUUGAAGAAACUCUUGAUCCCGCUCUUGAGCCAAUUUUACUCAAACAGACUUUUGUAUCUGGCGGUCGAACACUUAUUCGACUUGGUGACAGUGACAUCGAUUACGACAAGAACUUCCGUUUUUACAUGACCACCAAGAUGUCCAACCCUCACUACUUGCCAGAGAUUUGCAUCAAAGUCACGAUCAUUAACUUUACCGUCACCCUAAGUGGUUUGGAGGACCAAGUCCUUGCUGACGUUGUGCGUUUGGAACGACCGGAUUUGGAGGAAACGCGUACGCAACUUGUCGUCAAGAUCAAUGCCGAUAAAGAACAGCUCGGUGGCAUUGAAGACAAAAUCCUGCACCUCCUCUUCACUUCCGAAGGCAAUAUAUUGGACAAUGAGGCACUUAUCAACACGCUGGCCGAUUCCAAGGUUACCUCUGGCGUCAUUAACAACAGAAUGCAGGAAGCCGAAAAGACUGAGGCUUCCAUUUCGGAAGCACGAGAAAAGUACCGUCCGGUUGCAAACCGCGGCUCAGUACUCUAUUUUGUCGUCGCAGCGCUCGGAAACGUCGAUCCUAUGUACCAGUUCUCGCUCAAAUACUUUACGGAUAUUUUCAACAAUACCAUCUCCACUGCGCCGAAAAAAGAUGAUCUCGAAGCACGCCUGAGGCAACUGAUUGAUGUUUGCUCAAUGGCAAUUUAUCAAAACGUUUCCAGAGGUCUAUUUGAACGGCAUAAGUUGAUGUUCUCAUUCAUGAUGUGUGUGGAUAUUCUGAGAAUGCGUGGAGUUAUCCCAGACGAUCAGUGGCUUCUCUUCCUCCGUGGUCUUCCUCCACUUGAGAAAGAACGGCCUUCUAUGCCCACAGGCAUAGCUGGACUUACAGAAGAUACGUGGAACAAAAUCGUGGACCUGGAAGACGAGCAACCCGAGAUAUUCAAGGGGCUCAAAGCCGACGUGACACGCACGCCGAUUCAUAUCAUCCUCGGCGGCAACGAGCUGCGAUUGAACCCACCUAAAGGCGAACACGCAUACUCACAUGAAACUCCACCCCCUUUGCCUGGAAAAUCUCCUGUAGAGGAAGAAGAAGAGCCAGAAAUUAUCGGCCACUGGAAUGAUCGACUAUCAAGUUUCGCAAAGCUCAUGCUUCUCAAGUUCUUCGCUGAUGAACGAGUCGUGACUGCAAUUCAAGAUUUUGUCAUUCUCAACAUCGGAAAGCCAUUUGUCGAAAAUCCACCAGUUUCCAUUGGCGAUCUUUACGCUAACAUGACUCCCUCAAGCCCCUUGGUCUUCGUCCUCUCAGCUGGCUCAGAUCCUAUGGGCGCUUUCCAGCGAUUCGCUUCUGAGAGCAAUUAUUUAGAGCGAGUCCACGCCAUCUCACUCGGUCAAGGUCAAGGGCCCGUGGCUGAGCGUUUGAUUACAUCCGCGACGAAAAACGGCGACUGGGUUUUCCUUCAGAAUUGUCACUUGGCCAAGUCGUGGCUUCCCCGUCUCGAGGAAAUCGUCAAGGGCUUCAACGAGCCCGGCGUCACGCUGAACAAGGACUUCAGACUGUACCUCUCGGCCAUGCCGGCGAAUUACUUCCCAGUCUCUGUCCUCCAAUCCUCGGUCAAAGUCACCAACGAGCCGCCAAAGGGUCUGCGCGCAAACGUUCGACGAGCGCUUGCAGAAAUCGACGCGGCGCAUUUCGAAAGUCACGAGCUAAAACUCGACUGGAGACGUAUUGUAUUCAGCUUGUGCUUCUUCCAUGCAAUCUUGCAAGAACGAAAGAAGUUUGGACCUCUGGGAUGGAACAUCAAGUAUGAAUUUAACGAUUCUGAUCGUGAAUGCUGCCUUCUAAACUUGGACCUCUUCUGUAAGGGUGGCAAGAUUCCAUGGGAUGCUCUUACUUACAUUACAGGAAUGAUCACUUAUGGUGGCCGAGUUACUGAUGCCUGGGAUCAGCGAUGUCUUGACGCCAUUUUGGUCCGUUUCUUCGCACCAAAAACUCUUGAUCUCAACUACAAGUUCUCCGGAUCAUCAGUUUACUACGCGCCAGCAGGCGAUACCCUCAAGAGCUUCCAGGAUUACAUUGAGCAGCUUCCACUUACAGACGAGCCAGUUGUAUUUGGCAUGCACGAAAAUGCUAACUUGGCGUUCUUGCGUCAGGAAACGCAGGCGAUUGUGGGAACGAUUCUUGACUUGCAGCCUAGGUCAAGUGGCGGCAGCGGUGGCUCAUCCGAUGAUGACAAGGUCAUGGCCAUGGCUGAGAGCAUUCUGGAAAAAAUCGAUGUUGUGCUCGACAUCGAAGAGGGAAAACGAGAACUCUUCGAGCUGGAUCACAAAGGACGAGAGUACAGUAUGACGACGGUCUUGAAGCAGGAAGUCGAAAGAUUUGCCAAGCUUCAGCGAGUUAUCAAAACGUCACUUGAGACGUUGAAAAAGGCGAUUGCGGGUUUGGUCGUUAUGAACGAAGAAAUGGAGUCAAUCUUUAUCGCCUUCUUGAAUAAUCAAGUGCCGGACCUUUACAGAAAGGCCGCGUAUCCAUCUUUGAAGCCUCUCUCAUCCUGGGUCAACGAUUUGCGUCUUCGGUUAAUCUUCACCAAGAGAUGGAUCGAGUUGGGAACGUGCAAGACCUUCUGGAUCUCUGGAUUCUUCUAUACUCAGGGUUUCCUCACUGGUUUGCUUCAAACACACGCGAGAAAGUACGACUUGCCAAUUGAUCAUCUGAGUUUCAAGUUUACGAUGACACAGAGAUAUCGCGAUCAGGCUACCUACCAAGAUAUUUUAGAUGCAAACGAUGGCACGUGCCCAGAAGACGACGAAAUCGCAGACCCAGAAGAUGGCGCUCUUGUUCACGGAAUCUUCACCGACGCGUGGAAAUGGGACGACAAUGAAAUGUGCAUGACAGAAAGCGACCUUGGAGUGAUGAACACGCCCGUGCCCGUCUUCAUGAUGGUGCCAGAAAUGGACUUCACGCCCGACAAGGCAGACUACAUCUGUCCUUUGUACAAAGAAGGAUUGCGUCAGGGUGUUCUAUCAACAACUGGGCACUCAACGAACUUUGUCGUACCGAUGCAUCUACCAACUAAGAAAGAGCCAGCGCACUGGAUUAACAGAGGCGCUGCGGUACUUUGCCAGCUUGCUGACUAG